GCGCGCGGCUGCAGGCUCAGUUAAUUGUCAUACAGUGCACCAAGAGAGAGCAGCUAAGGAUAACCGCGAUAGACCUAUCAUAUUGUCAGUAUUUUUCCGAAGCGAAGGAAGCCAAGGAGCAGGAUGAUCUAGCCUCGGAAUCUAAAGACAAAACCACGAAUGUAAUUCCGUUACAUUCGUCAUCGAGCGCGCGCAAAGCCCGCUGAGUUUUUCGCCUCGACACCCGUCUCCUCUUUGAGAGAUAAGUUCCCAUGCGAUUCUUCAGACUCACAUUCAAGUGUUUCGUAGAUUGUUUUUGAAGGUGCUCUCAAAUUCGGUGUCUUUCUUUGGGGGCAAGUGUCCUUUAUUUUUAUACACCUCAAAUGUAAUAAACAUUUAAUUCUGAUCUCCGUCUCAUCGUUGCGCGUUUGACAUUGCUAUACGAUAAUAGAGAUACAAAUUAUACCUAUUCAAGUGAUUUAUCAUACCCUUAAAUUAAAAAGGGCAAAAAAAUCAGAUCCUAUUCCAAUAGGAUUGCCAGAAGAAGAACAAAGGACCAUCUUGGGGUCCAGGGAAAUCGACCCGAACGAAUAAAAGCUUAAGAACGCGGUAUCUAUUGUCCCGAAUCGUCAACGAUCUUUCCACUGGUUUCCUCCUCAGUAUUAGUGGGAAAUUGAGGGUGCAUUGUUUACAAGAGCGUAAUUGGCAUGGAGAAACCUGCAUUCGAAACUGACUGCUGUGCUGUGAACGUGGUCCUCGGGGAGGAGAAAAAGGGUCACCUCAUUCCGAACGGAAACGGGCACCAAGUUGGCGUGAACGGAAGCCUCAUUGGUGGAACUGACGGGGCAGGAUGCGGAUCCACACCUGGCACGAUGUCGUCAGUGGAGAAGCCAGUGCCAGGGUAUCCCGAACGAGAGCAAUGGACCAGACAGAUGGAUUUUAUCAUGUCCUGCGUCGGCUUCGCUGUAGGGCUGGGAAACGUCUGGCGCUUCCCUUACCUAUGCUACAAAAAUGGUGGAGGAGUGUUUCUGAUUCCCUACCUCAUUAUUGGGGUUGUUGGGGGAAUUCCUAUAUUCUUCCUGGAGAUUGCAUUGGGACAGUUUAUGAAGGCUGGCAGCAUCAACGUGUGGAACAUCGCACCUCUAUUUAAAGGGCUGGGGUAUGCCUCCAUGGUCAUAGUGUUCUUCUGUAACACCUACUACAUCAUGGUCCUAGCCUGGGCCUUCUACUAUUUCAUCAAGUCCUUCAACGCUACCCUGCCCUGGUCCACCUGUGACAACCCCUGGAACACGCCCAGCUGCAUCGAGAUCUUUCACCAUGAAGACUGCCUGAAUGGCACCAUUGGCAACACUACCUAUGGCAACAUGACAUGUGAGGAGCUGGCAGAUGGGCGUUCUCCCAUUAUUGAAUUCUGGGAGAACAAGGUGCUGAACAUCUCACAAGGGCUGGACUACCCAGGAUCCAUCAACUGGGAGCUGUUGCUGUGCCUGGCGGCUGUCUGGGUGAUGGUGUACUUCUGUGUGUGGAAGGGGGUAAAGUCCACAGGCAAGAUUGUGUAUUUUACUGCCACGUUCCCCUACGUCGUCCUAAUCAUCCUCCUGGUGAGAGGGGUGACUCUUCCUGGUGCCUACGAUGGAAUCAUGUACUACAUCAAGCCUGACUGGUCCAAGCUUGGCGAGGCGCAGGUGUGGAUUGAUGCUGGCACACAAAUCUUCUUCUCUUAUGCUAUUGGGCUUGGAGCUCUCACUGCCCUAGGCAGCUACAACAGAUUCAACAAUGACUGCUACAAGGAUGCCUUCAUGCUAGCUCUAAUCAACAGUGGCACCAGUUUCUUUGCUGGCUUUGUGGUGUUCGCCAUUCUAGGCUUCAUGGCAAACGAGCAGGGAGUGGACAUCUCCCAAGUGGCUGAAACAGGUCCUGGCUUGGCCUUUAUUGCGUAUCCUAAAGCUGUGACUCUGAUGCCAAUGCCCCCGGUCUGGGCUGCUCUCUUCUUCUUUAUGCUGCUCGUACUGGGUCUUGACAGUCAGUUUGUUGGAGUGGAAGGUUUUGUAACUGGGAUUCUAGAUCUCUUUCCUGGAAAGUAUUACAUGCGCUAUAAGCGUGAAAUCUCUGUGGCAAUCUGCUGUUUAAUGUGCUUUAUUAUAGAUCUCUCCAUGGUUACACAGGGAGGGAUGUAUGUCUUCCAGCUUUUUGAUUAUUAUUCCGCCAGCGGUAUGACCCUGUUAUGGCAAGCAUUCUGGGAAUGCAUAGUUGUCAGCUGGGUCUACGGUGCUGACAGGUUCAUGGAUGACAUUGCUCGUAUGAUUGGUUACCGGCCUUUUCCUUGGAUGAAGUGGUGCUGGUCGUUUAUUACUCCAUGUGUUUGCAUGGGUAUCUUCCUAUUUCACCUGUUCAACUACAAGCCUCUUACCUACAACAAUACAUAUGUGUACCCAUGGUGGGGUGAGGUGAUUGGUUGGUGUAUGGCUCUGAUGUCCAUGCUCUGUAUUCCUGUCAGCGUGCUGUACAAGCUCUGCAGGGCCACUGGAACCUUCAAGGAGCGUUGGGAGAAGCUGACCAAACCACAAUGGGGUCCCCAUCACCUUGAAUAUAUGGCGCCUGAUACUGACAUCAAGAGCCUGGCCUCCCUCUCUGCCAGCACUGAAGACAACAAGGUUAUCAUCUUUGAAAGUGGUAUGUAGGCUAUAGCCUACAGGAAAGCCUUUGACAACACUCUAAAGAUCAGAUGAUUCUGGAUCUUGGCCUAACCAUGAUAAUUUAUGUAAUAAUUGAUGUAUUCAUUUGGGUUAAUGACACAAUCAAAAAAGGAUUCACCUGGUAAUUAUGUGCAAUUAAUUAGAGGAUGAAGAUAAUGUACACACACGGUUCUCUGAACCUAUACAAAAUCAAUUCACAACCGUCUAUUGGACGGUCGAUAAUCUUCACCUGGGAUGUUGAUAAUCAAUGUCCUGAUUGGUCCAUUCUAUAAACUGGUGCCGUGUAGUCUUUGGGGGGGGGGGGGGUUGAUCUGAUACCCAAACUGUCCCCCCCUGUCUGUGACUCCAUCAGGCCAGAGCCAUAGUCUACCAAUGUGUAGCCCACCACCUCACCCAGUAUGGCAGAAUUUUUACAGGCUAUCUUUAAGACUGAUAUGGAAUUCCUUGAAAUUACACAUUACUGCAAGACCAAUCAUGUGGUACGGAGGGUUUGUGUAUCAAACGGUGUAGUUCUCCUUUAUAAGAAAUCUUGCAUAAAAAUCUAUUUGGCUAAUUUGAUACAUGAAAAUCUAUGUAUUACACAUUGAGAGUAAGCAUUUUAGGGUAAGGUCUACUACAYCUGUUGUAUUYGGCGUAUGUGACAAAUAAAGUUUGAUUUGAUUUGAGAUAUGAAUAUAUAAUCAAAAGCAUUAGUUCAAUUGAUAUUAUAUCAUAUACUGUAUAAUACACUACAGUUUGUCGAUUUGGCUGAGUUGAUAUAUAAAAUACAGCAUUUUUUCCAAUUGACUUCAAUAUCUGGCUUCUUUAGGCCCCUGAAGUUAUGUAGUUGCCAAACUGUCAAAAUGACCAUCUUUGAUCAUUUGAGCUUGUGUAAUGUGUCUUUCAUGGUGACAAUAGUCCUCAGAACUUUAGACAUAAACUAAAGAUUGAUUCAGUGCCAAAAUGGAGCAUACUUGUCAUUCUCUUGUUAUUGAUAGAGAAUGGUUUUGGUUGCCAUAUACACUAUCUAUUUUUAUUUGCCUAGAUCAGUCUGAUAUAUAUUGUGUCUUCCGAUUUAACUGUCUGAUGUUUGGGAACAUCUUGAAAGCAAACAAUGCAGCUCUUACUCAUGAAGCAGUUUAGAUGCCUUGAAACAUUUUCAUUGAUAAGUGUGUCUACAGAUUUAAAAAAAAAAAAUCAACAAUAAUCACUAAAUUUAACUGUUCUGUAAGAUCUAAGAUCACUCCUCUCUAAUUCAAAAAAGGUGACUGGUUGAUGUAUUGCCCGUAAUGGCCAUUAAAAACAAAUAAUCCAAUACUUCCUCUGGCAUUAACUUGCAAAAUGAUCACUUGGCCAAGUGGUAAGGAUUUAAGGAUUUACCUCAUAUUUCAACCAACCUAUUGUUACAAAGACAAGUACAUCUCUGCAGCAUGUAGGAGGACAGUAUUUGGAUCUAACUACAACAUUGCCACAACAAGUAGCUGCUGUGCCAUUUGCCAGUGACUGGAACAGGGUGAUGAGUAACUAACUGUAAGGUGUUAUAUCAUGAGUUUAACUCUGAGUAUUACACACACAGUAUUGAUGUUGCAGCCGUACAGGAGCUGGACACGUAGAUCAUUGCCUUAUGUUGUUUGUCUUAAAUCUAGAGCCCAUAUGUCAACUCUGACUAGCCAUAUUCUUACCUGGUCCUCUGUGGAACAGUCUUGAAGAUAACCAAAUGGGAAUUCUGCCAUUUACCAGGAUAUGGAUAACAUAUGAUUUAUUUCGAUAUUGAAAAGAUCAUUAGAAUGUAAAAUAUAUGAAAUAAUGCAAUGCUAAAAACUACAUUUGCACAUUGUAAAAUAUCUCGCUAGCACUUUUUUUAAAAAUCGUGUUAGAAUAACAAUUUUUGUUUUGUUUUACAUAUUGUAAAAUAAAUCAGAGAUUUUAUUUUGUGAAGGCUUUUAUUUUGCUUAUACAUACAGUAUAAAAAAAAUAUAUUGAAUAUCUUGUGUGUUAUAUUUUAAAAAAGUUUGAUGCAGUAUGUAAUUUUGAUGAAGAUUUCUAAGGGGAAGAGCAUGUGCCAUUGAGAUGCUGCGAUGCAGUACUACUCGAAAGGCUUGUGUGAUUCAUAACACACAGAAGGGAUUUUUGGUUUCAAAUAUCAAGUGCUCCAGUGUUAAGUAGCCUAAUAGAUUAUUUGUGUGUGUUUAAUUACAGUAUUUCCCUCAGACCACCCAGAGCUCAGUUAAACUUUAAUAUUUCUCAGAAAGACCUUCUAAUUUGGUCCACACAACACAGGAGUAUUCAUUUGAUUAAGAAUUAAAAGAUUUUGGAAUAUUU